ACUCAGGAAAGUGAAACUAACCCAGUUUCACUGCCGGGAGGGAGCCAUGGCUGCAGAGAACCCCAUGGAAAGUCUCCAGAAAGAAGUGACUUGUCCCAUCUGUCUGGAGUAUUUCACAGAACCUGUCACUCUGGAGUGUGGGGACAAUUUCUGCCGAGCCUGUGUCACCCAGUGCUGGCAGGGAUCAGAUACAGACUUCUCCUGCCCUCAGUGCAGAGAAACUGUGCAACAGAGAAACCUCAAGCUGAACAGGCAGCUGGCAAAUGUCCUAGAAAUAGUCAAACAGCUGAAUUUACACAAAGCAAAAGGAGCGGGAGGGGAUGGUGUGUGUGGGGAACACCAGGAGCCUCUCAAACUGUUCUGUGAAGAGGAUCAAACCCCCAUCUGUGUGUUGUGUGACAGAUCACAGGCUCACAGAGCUCACACUGUGGUUCUCAUAGAGGAGGCUGCCCAGGAGUACAAGAAGAAAAUUCAGACCCAUUUGAAGACCCUGAGGAAAGAGAGAGAAAAGCUCCUGAGACUGAAUGUGAUUGUAAAGAAUAGAAUCCAGGAAUAUCUGAAACAAACACAAACCAAGAGGCAUAAGAUUGUGUCUGAAUUUCAGCAACUGCGGCAGUUCCUGGAGGAACAAGAGCGACUCCUGCUGGCCCAGCUAGAAAAGCUGGACAAGAAGGUUGUAAAGAUACAGAAUGAAAGUACCACCAAAUGCUCUGAGGAGAUUUCCCGUCUCAGUGAGCUGAUUAGUGAGAUGGAGGGGAAGUGUCAGAAGCCAGGGAGUGAAUUCCUGCAGGAUGUCAGAAGCACCUUGAGCAGGUGUGAGAAGGGGAAGUUCCAGCAGCCGGCGGAGAUUUCUCUUGAACUGGAAAAGAGCCUGAGUGAUUUCGCCCAGAAAACUAUUGCUCUAAUGGAGACGCUGAGGAAGGUCAAAGACAUUCUGCCAAUUGAACUGGAGGGAAAAAAAGAGAAUACUCUAGGAUCGCACAGACAGGUGAAUGUGACGCUGGAUCCAGACACGGCUCAUCCUGAACUCCUCCUCUCUGAGGGUCAGAAAAGUGUCAGAUGGGGAGACAAAUGGCACAGACUGCCCAACAAUCCCAAGAGAUUUGAUACCCUGGAGUGCGUGCUGGGCUGUGAGGGAUUCACAUCUGGGAGAUACUACUGGGAGGUGGAGGUGGGAGGUGAAAUAAUCUGGGCUGUGGGGGUUGCCAGAGAGUCUGUGAGGAGGAAGGGAUUGAUCUGCUUUAACCCUGAGUGGGGGAUCUGGGCUGUGGAGCAGUGGUGGGGUGAGUUCCAGGCUCUCACCUCCCCUAAAACCCCUCUGCCACUGAGCUGGGUCCCCAAGAGGAUCCGGGUUUGUCUGGACUAUGAACAGGGGCUGGUGACAUUUCUGGAUGCUGAUAAUGAUGCCCCAAUCUUCACUUUCCCACCGGCUUCCUUCAGUGGGGAGAGAAUCCACCCCUGGCUUUGGGUUCAGAGUGAACAAUCACAGCUCAGACUGUGUCCCUGACACUUGGGGAAAACAUCCCCUCUAAGGACCCUGAAAUCAACCUCUCUAGCCUCAGACACCCUAAUCUCUAUGAUCAUAGAAUAUCAGGGUUGGAAGGGACAUCAGGAGGUCAUCUAGUUCAACCCCCUGCUCAAAGCAGGACCAAUUCCCAACUAAAUCAUCCCAGCCAGGGCUUUGUCAAGCCGGGCCUUAAAAACCUCCAAGGAAGGAGACUCCACCACCUCCCUAGGUAACGCAUUCCAGUGCCUCACCACCCUCCUAGUGAAAUAGUGUUUCCUAAUAUCCAACCUAGACC